GUGUGCGCUGAUUCAAGAGUGCGACGUUACACGCAGUUAAUCAUGCCGGAGCACCACGAGGAAGACGGAAAGAAAUUGAUUUGUUUACAAACAAUGGAACCUGAUGUCAUACCAUCAUCUAAAGUUUUGGACGAUUUGAAAGUAACUGAAUCUGAAAUUGAAUAUAAAGAUUUGGAUUUUGGUCCAAAUUUUAUAAAAUUAAAAAUCACCGAUGGAGUUCGAGAGCUGCUAACCGUAAUCCGCGACAAAAAUACACCAAGGACUGACUUCAUUUUCUACGCUGAUCGCCUGAUUCGCUUAAUUGUUGAAGAGGGACUUAACAAACUUCCAUACCGCAAAUGCAGUGUUGUCACACCUACAGGUCAGGUCUAUGAUGGAUUGAGGUAUGAGAAAGGAAACUGUGGAGUGAGCAUUGUUCGGAGUGGUGAAGCGAUGGAGCAAGGAUUAAGGGAUUGCUGUCGCUCAUUGAGGAUUGGUAAAAUUUUAAUUCAGAGCGAUGAAGACACACACGAUGCUAAAGUUGUUUAUGCCAACCUCCCAAAAGAUAUUCAUCAGCGUAAAGUGCUUCUUAUGUAUCCCAUUAUGUGUACUGGCAACACCGUUAUUAAAGCCGUCAAAAUCUUACAGCAGAACAAUGUCAAUGAAGCCAACAUUAUUUUAUUAAAUUUGUUUUGUACACCACAAGCUGCCAACCAGUUGGUGACAGAGUUCCCUGGGAUGACCAUACUGACAUCUGAAGUCCACCCCGUUGCCCCCACUCACUUUGGACAGAAAUACUUUGGCACAGAUUAAAUGUGAACAAUUAUGUGGAUUUUGAGCUUGUUUCCAUUUGGAUUCAAGUGAUUGUUUUACAAGGCAACCACUCUGUUUCCUCCCCUGUGUAAAAUUUGAACUCACCAGUCAUGUGUUUCCUGAUCAUACUCUUGAUGCCUUUAGAAGUGAGUGGAGCUGAUACUUCAGGUAGUUGUUUUAAAUCAAGUUAUUUUCUCUUUAUUUCAAUUUGCGAUAUCUUUUUCUUCAUCUUUUAAAAAAGUCUUGUAUUAUUUAAGGCUGUUUGCAUUUGUAGCAUAAUUUUAGAAUUAAAGUUCAAACAAGAUUAUAGCCCAAUUAUAUAUUAAAGACAACAUAGGCUAGAAGAAUUCUUUUCAUGUAUACACUUCUAUUAAGAAAACUACAUUGGUGUAUGACAUCUUCAAGUGGAAAACUGGGAGCCGCCUUAUUUUUAAUUGAAGGAUUUCAAAAAGCACUUAAAAAAUGGUUUAUGCUUCAAAUCUAACAUUUACUUCAAAUAUGAAAUUUUGUAAAUAAACUUAUUAUUGUCUAUUUGUAAUUGAUAAUUCCAGCCGAAUAUGUUGUUCAAUUUGUUGUUAAAUGGAUAAAUUAUGUCUGCCCAUAUUCAAGCCUACAAUGCAGUUAAAAAAACAUUUAUAAAGAGUUAUUGACUAUGUAUCUUCCAGUAUUCCUAUAAUAAUUUCAUUGUUUUUUUAAUGCCAACUUGAUCAGUACUAGACUAUUAGUCGUAUCUUAAAGGUUGGUUAUAAAAACCAGCUAUCAAUGUUAAAGUUUGUUGAUGCUUUGUGAUUAUGCUUUUUGUUUUUUAUUUAAUCGAGUGCAUGUUAUUGUAUAUACAACUUGUGGGUAAUACAAAUGUAAAUUGGUUCUUGCAUUUGGUUUUUUUUUUUUAAUGAGAUUCCUACUUGAUACAAAUUUUGAGUAGCCUGGAAUUCAGUUAAUCAUGAUUUAAUCUAGAACAUGCCAGACAUGAAUCUGUUUAAAGCCUUUGGGUACAAAAUUGUGCAAUAAUUUUUUAACAUCAGGCAUUAGUUGUUUUUUUUUUAUAUGUUUCUACUGUAGACAAAAAACAAGGUUUAAAAAAAUAAAAUUUCAUUUCCAUUCAUGUUCAUUUGUAUGUACCAGUAUAGGAUUUAUUAUGAACUGUAUACAUGUAUGAUAAACUAAGACUCUUGUUGCUUUGUUUGAAUUCAUGUAGUGGUGUAUCCCAUGCCAAGUUUAAAUGUUUUCAAGUAUUGUUUGUCACUUCACAAGUAGUAAACAAUAGAAGCAACAUGUAAUCAAACUUAGGUAAAAUAGUUUGUAUGUGUUUAUUUAUAUUUUUUUAAAACACUCCCAAACCAUGGUUAUUUUGGUCCUAAUUUAAAAUUGUUUUAUUGCUUUGGCAUUCAUUGUGAUAGUUAUGAAAUGUAAUCACAUAUAAAUAUCGGAAGAAUUGUCGAUUUAGUUAGAUUUUUUUUUUGUUGUAAAUUUGUUUAAAAAUACAUCUAACAUUUGUUCUUGGUAUGAAGUAUUUUUCUCUACAAUUGUAUGAUCAUGUCAAUAGUUUUAGAAAACUUGUAGGGUGGGUUUUUGAGGCCAUAAGUGCACACUGUCCUGUAGAUAGGGUGUGCAGAGUCAGAAAUCAUUCUACUGUAAAGACAGCUGGGGGCAACAAGUUGCUGCUAAUUGAAAACCAUCAGACCAGAACAUAUAAAUAGAAAAAAUAGCAAUAACUAACCUCAAAAUAAAAGUAGGUCUUUCUCUGUUUUAAUUUUUAUCAGAUUUGAACAGAAAAAGAGAAGGAAUUUAAUAGAACUAGCCAACCUUAAAAUUAAAGUUAGGGACUUUCUUGGUCUUUAUAAUUUGGGCUGCCACAUACGUACCAUUCAUUUAUAAGAAGAAAACUUUGGCUGGUGACAUUUUUUUUCUGAAUGAUUUUCUAAACAAUGUUAAAUGACUUGGUUACUGAAUGUUUUCUGUAUCAGGUACUUUACUUUACGGGAACAGGUACAUUACUUAUUGAUUUCCAUUUCUUGCAAUAUGAUAUACCUCGUUUAUUGUUCAUAUUGAUCUUAAUAUACAUCUGUUUUCAACAUGAACUUCCUCUG